CUUGGCCUCUCUUACAAAGAAUUUGGGUGAUAACCACCCAAUUACAACUGAGUAUUUCAAGAAACAAGGCUAUUCUUCUGAACAGAUUUCUUUAGCAUAUCAUAAAGGAAUCUUUUCUUAUAAGUACAUAGACUUCUAUGAUCGAUUUAAGGAAACAGAAUUACCUCUGAUUCAUGAGUUUUAUAGUGUUCUUAGAGGUAAGAUUUCACAAGAGGAUUAUAAUCAUACCCAAAAUAUAUGGAAUGAAUUUGGGUGUAAGAACUUGGGAGAAUAUAAUGAUCUCUAUCUCAAAAUAGAUGUGCUUAGUCUAGCAGAUAUCUAG